AAUGCAACGACAGACUACAAACAUGCGGGAAGCGGUGUCUGUGCAAAAAAGGGUCGCUGUUGCUCUCUACAAGCUGUGUUCCUCUGCUGAAGAUAGAACAGUCGCCAAUUUGUUUGACCUGGGCAGGUCGACGGUGAACACGAUAUAUAGAGAAUUUUGUGACAUCGUCGUGGAAGCCCUAGAAGAUCAGUGGGUCAGGAUGCUUGCAGCUGAUGAAAUGACCCACCACAUACGUGAAUUUUAUGCUGUCACUGGCUUCCCUCAGGCAGUUGGAGCACUGGAUGGCUGUCAUUUCCCUGUCUCGCCUCCCAAAGAAAAUGCCAUCGACUACUACAAUUACAAGGGCUGGUACAGUGUGAUCUUACUGGCUUUGGUGGACCACAAAUAUCGCUUUCGAUACAUCAACGUCGGUUCCCCAGGCAGGUGCCACGACGCCCAUGUCUACCACAGUUCAAGCUUGCCAAGCAUUGUGACAGGACCAACAUUUCGGAGUCCUACAAUUUCUGUCAACAGUUCUGUUGUGCCACCAUUAUUAUUAUGUGACCAAGCAUUCCCGCUGAUGCCCAAUUUGAUUAAGCCUUUCCCUGGUUUAAGUAAAACCUCUGCCGAAAAAUAA